AUGUUUUACUCUCAGUUUAUAUUAGCUAAGAAAGGUCCACUUGGGACAAUAUGGAUCGCGGCCCAUUUGGAGAGGAAGCUUCGGAAGAAUCAGGUCGCUGAUACUGAUAUCGGCGUCUCCGUUGAUUCUAUUCUCUUUCCGGAAGCUCCGAUUGCAUUGCGAUUGUCUAGCCAUCUUCUGCUUGGUGUGGUGCGUAUAUAUUCGAGAAAGGUGAAUUACCUCUUUGACGAUUGCAGUGAGGCAUUGCUUAAGGUAAAGCAAGCUUUCCGCUCUGCUGCGGUUGACCUACCGCCAGAGGAAUCCACAGCGCCGUAUCACUCAAUUACGUUGCCAGAGACGUUUGAUCUUGAUGAUUUUGAGCUUCCAGACAAUGAGCUCUUUCAGGGUAAUUACGUCGAUCAUCAUGUUAGUACAAGAGAGCAGAUCACCCUUCAGGAUACCAUGGAUGGUGUUGUAUACUCAACAUCGCAAUUCGGAUUAGAUGAGCGAUUUGGUGAUGGCGACACUUCUCAAGUUGCUUUGGAUCUUGACGAGGAAGUAUUCCAGGAAAAGGAUGUUAUUGGAUCCGAGGAUGAGGGAGCUCCAGGUGAUCAAAAUGCAUAUCUGGAUGCGGCAACACCUGAGAGAAAGGAUGCAAUGGCAGGAGUUUCUGAAGCGAUGCCCAGAGAUUUCAAUGAAGAGCAGGUUGAAGAUCUUGCUAUGAGUAAUGAGUUUAUAGAAGAUGCUCAGGCUCCUCAAACUCCUGGACUAGUUGAGGUGCCAAACUCGUCUAGUGUCAGAGAGCAGCUGGCAUGCGAUGAACACACAGAGGUAGAGGAUGUGAAUGCAGAAGAAGGGAGGAAGGCCUCUGGGGAGCUAGAUGCUAAUGAGUUGCAUAGACGUGAUGAAGACAUGUCUUCUGAAUUUAAUGCCGGAGACUCAGCAGUUACUCCCAUGGAGGUGGAUAAGACGCAUGAAGAUGAAAAUGUCAACGCACAAAAUGAGCCGGAAGAGGAGAGGGCAGAGCAUGUACAUGUUACAUCUCCAUGCUGUUCUCACAUCACCACCGAGAUGGAGGAUCCUGGUCAAGUAAUGACUGAGGCAGGAACCAACGUAAAUAAUGUUGAAGCUGAUAAGUCAGAUGCUGUUCCUCCAGUUGAAUCUCCUGGAGAGCAUUGUUUAUCCCAGGAGCCAAAAGAUCCUGGAGAAGAAAACCAAGAUCAUUCUGCCAUUGCCACUGAGGUCAACCAGGAAACUGAUGAGCAGCUGAAUAAUGCGCAUGCGACUGAUGAACAGUUGGGAAAUUUGACUGGAUUUACUGAUUCUGAUUUGCCUGCACCUGAGAUAGUGUUAGCUGCGCCUAACGGACUGGGGGAUGAAAAUGGUUUCAUGGUUGAAUCUACGCCAGAUAAAGAAGGCCAGGGCACAUGUAACGAAGAUGCAGGAAAUAAUAACAUUACUGGGAAGAAGCGCACUUUUACUGAGAGCACACUAACUGCAGAAAGUUUGAACUCCGUUGAGUCGGUUGGACUGAUUCAGUCAAAGAGAACUGCAGAUUCUGUUCCUGAUGACGAUGAUCUGUUGUCUUCUAUCUUAGUUGGAAAGUCAUCUUUUCUGAAGAUGAAGCCUACCCCUGUGCUAGAGUUAGCAACUACGAAAAGGUUACGAUCUGCUCCCCGUUCUACUGCUACAAAGAGGAAGGUUCUAAUGGAUGAUCCUAUGGUCUUGCAUGGCGAUGUUAUACGGCAACAACUGACAAACACUGAAGAUAUACGCCGUGUGCGAAAGAAGGCACCUUGCACCAUUACUGAAAUCGUAAUGCUUCAAAGGCAGGCUUUGGAGGAUGGACUCUUGAAGGAGCCAAUAUUCACUGGUAUGUCAGUGGAAUUAGUAUCUCUGCACAAUGAGCCGUAUGAUCUAAGAGGAAUCGUGAUAAUCGAGAGUGAUGACCGUCGUGCUUCUGUUGGAGUGGUGGAAGAUGAUGAAGGUUCUGUUAGGGCCGUGGAAGAGAAUAAACCUGAAGAAAGCUCUGCUCCUCAAGCUUGCCCAAUUGAUUCCUCAGAGCAACCUGUUGAGGCUACUCACUCAGAGGACCAACAGGAAGAAAUGAAAGACGAUAAUGAACUUGGUGAAAAAAUAUCUGACUUGGAAGUUUUAGAGGAAGGGAAUGGAGCUGCUGAUGAAGUAAAUCUUGUGGUGAAUGAUGAGAUCAGUCAAAUGCCACCAUCUGAGGACAAACUCGAUCCUGUAGAGGAUUUACAGGUGGAAGGAUCCCAUGAAAACCAUGAUGGAGGCCUAGACGGUCAAGAUGUUUGUGCUGAUCUUAAUGCAAAAAGUGGCACUGACGUUAUUGAAAUUGCUGAAGACGAUUUAGAUGACAACGCUGUUCUCAAUGAGACGGACUUGAAACUUGAAGAUGAACUUCCAAAUGAAGAUAAGAAGGCGGAUGCAUCAGCUGAAGUUAGCGAGAUUGGGAUAGACGACCAAACUCCAUGCGAUAACACUAUUGGUUCUGUUGAAAAUGGAUGCGUAGAAGCUGGUGAUUUAGGUAAUCUGGCUUUGGAAAAUUGCAACGAACCUCUUGUCGAAGCAAAUAAUGAUGGGGUGAAUCCAGAGAUAGAGUCUGAUAACAGAUAUGAACCGCAUAGUGAGAUGUUUGAUGAGGAGGCUUAUAUGCAAAGUGCACUAGAUGCAGAACCUACUUCUCGUGAUGGUCUUAUGGGAGAUAAUGAUGAAAUGGAUACCAUGGAAGUUGCACAUGACACAGGAUUUUUGAACGUGGAUGAUGACGAAGUAGAUGAUGAUCAAGAGGACGAUGGUGAUGAAACUCGUCUUCUAGAGAACAGUGGAUGGUCUUCUCGUACCAGGGCUGUGGCGAAGUAUCUCCAGACGCUAUUUGAUAAAGAAGCUGAGAAUGGGAAGAAUGUUCUUGUGGCAGACAAACUUUUAGCUGGUAAAACCCGUAAAGAAGCAUCGAGAAUGUUUUUCGAAACCCUGGUUUUGAAAACAAGAGAUUACAUCCAAGUUGAACAAGCUAAGCCCUACGAGAGCAUCGUGAUUAAACCGAGACCAAAACUCACCAAAUCCAUCUUCUAG